CAUGACAAUAUGGGAUCUUUUUGUUUGGACGAUAUCCUAUCACACUCUUUGUUGAAAAUCAAUGAAUGACAUUGCGUACAAUCGCGGAGCAUACUUGAUGCUUGCUGCGUAUUUUAAAAUAGCUUUACUGCAAGGUUUAGCGAGAUACUUUCUGUCAUGUAUUACAGAAACAGAUCUUUGUAGGCGACUGCAGCGAUGUACGAGCUGUUUAGCUGUCCCUAAACAAUGGGAUCACUUAACUUAAGCAUGUCUUGUUAGAACAGAUAUUUCAGAUUAAAAAUUAGAUGUAUUACAGAGUGUCAUGUACAUUCAUUUCUUUUAAAAAAUGUCACAGUUGAGGAGAGCAAAAACGUGGGAAAUAUCUGAAUCGGAGAAUGAAAGCGAUUCUGAAAUCAGACAAACUGUGUCUAAAGAUGACGAACAAACAACACAAGCGAAAAUUUCACCAGUGAUUGCCCAGGCAAAAGAUGUCCAAGCGGGAUGUAGCACUGUAGUGCCAGUGCCUCUUCCAGACUCUGAAACGCAAGACGUGAAAGUAAAAGAUACCCUCUCGCUUCCCUCGACUUCUGUGCCUGGUACCCCGAGUCCAAGGAAAAGACGCCGGCGAACCAAGGAGGAGAUUGAUGCGGACGAACAGAAUGCUGAAGCGAAGAGGAAAGCCAGAGAAAAAAUCAGGAAAGAAAGAGCACAGGAAAAAGAGAAUAAAAGACAAGAACAACAAGCGAGAAAAGAAGCUGCAGAGCGCCUGAAAAGUUACCGACCAGAGAACUGCCUGAAGUUCCUGACUGUGUGCAUCGAUACAGCUUUGCUACAGGAUGAAAGGUGUGAUAUUCUGCUGGAGACUCUAUAUGCAAUGGAGUGGAAGAGCAUAAUUGAAAAACACCAUCUUACCCACACCAUCACAUGGAAGAGGGAGCUGCCACAGGGUGAAGACAAGCCAAGCCCAGUUCUGGAGGAACAGAUUUUGAUGGUGCUGACUCUGAAUGAAUUCUUGGACAUGGUUGUCUCAAUCAAACAUAUUCAGGAAAAGGACAUAGGAGAGGUGGCUGUGGACUCCCUGUUCAGACAACUGUCUGAGUAUCUUAACAGCAAUGGAGAGAAAGUUGUCACCCUUGUAGUGAUUGGGCCAAAUCCAAGCAGCUGGACUCUGUGGUCAGGACAACACGGGGACCAAACGCUCAGAUCACAAAUGGGAGUGGAGUACAUAGACAUUGAGGAAGCACUUGUGUUUCUGCAGCUCUAUAAGAACACUUCUGUUAUCUUCCUGGAGGGAUGGCAGCAUCUCAUAGACCAUGUGUGUGCUGUCACCAAGGCUCUGUCCAAGCGUCCCUUCAAACAAAUGACAGAGAAGGACUACUUGCCUUUCUGCUUGGAGGGCUCAUGGGCCAGUGGGGUGCGAGUGGAGAAGGAUGGGACAGGACUGGGCCAGGUCUGGAGCAGGCAGAUCCAGCAGCUGAACCGAGUGAGCCCUGCAGUGGCAGCAGGCAUAACCUCCGCGUUUCCCUCACCUCAGCUGCUCCUGCAGGCAUACAGGGACUUGGACUCUGAUGAUAAGCGAAAGAGGCUGAUGGCAGACCUUGAGGUGAAAAGUGGGGACAAGGAAAGGCGUGUAGGGCCCAACAUCUCCAGCAGGGUGUACCGCUUCUUCACCUCCCCAAAUCCCCACUUGGUCCUGGACUGA